UUUCACUGAAACUGUCUUAGCGUUCUACAAUAACUGAACUGAGUAUCCGUUCACAAACUUCCAGUUAUUUAAUAAUUUCACUUAGUGUAUUUAUUUCAACUGAAUCUCAAAUUAAAUUUAAAUUUGAAAAUACACUAUAUUUAGACUCACUCACAGUUUCAGGUGUUCAGAAGUCGUAACUACCUUUUGAACCUUGCAGAUAAAAAUACAAGAAGCUGAGAUUCAGACGAGAGAUCACAGAACCCGGAAGAUCUCAAAGAUUCUUCAAGCGUUGGAAGUUUAAAGAGAGAGAAAGGGAGGAAAGAAGAAACUCUUCAAAGUCUGAUCCUGUCAAAACAGUGCUGGGCAGAGAGAGUUCCACAAGCAAGACUGAAAGUGGAAAAGAAAGUGAGCUCCCAGCUCCCAGCUCCCAGCUCCCAGCUCCCAGCUCCUCGAUGCCACACUUGGUCCGCUGGGUGUCUGCGUAACACCGACUUAGGUGAGAGCGUGACGGGCCGGAACGAGAUCCACCAAAGCCUAGCUCUGCCUCUCCAGAGAGGACUGCGUGAAGAACGCUAGAGAAAAUGGAGCUUCAAAUUUUGAGUUGUGAAGAAAGUUAAAGGAAAACAGAAAAACAAAAACACUCACUGUCAGGAUGGCCGAGCGGUCUAAGGCGCUGCGUUCAGGUCGCAGUCUCCCCUGGAGGCGUGGGUUCGAAUCCCACUUCUGACAACGAAGGGAAGCUUCGACGUCAAGAGACAGCUGCCCCCUCAGUCCGAGCCGAAGUCCCUAGGACUUCUCUCAAACUUGCAAGCUGAGGAGACUCACAUGUUGGCCUCAGUUCCUAGGCUGAACUCAGCAAAUCAGCCCAUGAAAACUUCUGCACUGAGACAAAGGAAAGGAUCCGUCAGAAAGCAACACCUAUUAUCUUGGGCUUGGCAGCAAGGAAGAAGACAAGUUGUGGAAAUAUUGCAAUCUGAAAAGCAGACGGAGAGGUGACAAAGAAGCUGAAGAUGGGCGGUGGAGAGAGGGAUAACAUUCCAGCCCCUCAAUCCAGAAAUGUUACUAAAAACCAACAACAGCUUAAUUCACAGAAAACCAAGGAUCAGAAUUCCCAGAUGAAGAUUGUUCAUGAGAAAAAAGAAAGAGGACACGCUUAUAACUCCUCAGUAGCUGCAAGGCAGGCCAUGCAGAAUGGGGGGAAGAACAAGAAUUUUCCAAACACUCCAAACUGGAACUCCAGUUUAUCAAGUCCCAGUUUGCUUUUUAAGUCUCAAGCUAAGCAGAACUAUGCUGGAGCCAAAUUUAGUGAGUUGCCAUCGCCAAGGGUUCUUCCCAAACCACCAAGCCGCUGGGUUUCUGUUUCCUUGAAUCCUUCAGGUAAGGAAAUAACGACAUUUCAACUUAAAACCUUACUUAAAGUGCAGGUAUAA